AAAUUCAGCAUGUUGUGGUUUAUUUUUAACCUUGCUAUCAAGGACAUCCAAUCAGCUCUCACACAGCAGUUCAGCGGCUGUUUGACAUGUAAAUACAGAGGGGAGCUGAGAGAGACGUGUCAGAGUCCAUCUUGCCAACAGAGGUGAUAUUUCAGAAUGAGGACUGUGGCUGGUUUUCUGCCGUUGCUGCUCUGCCUGGUCUGGACGUGUGCUCCAGUCACGACAGGGGACAACAUCACUCAGGGGGGAAACAGAGAGAAAGGAGCUCAGCUUGAGACUCAGACUGACUUCAGCUCUGAGAUCUGGGCUGAGCUGAAGCAGCUGAGAGACAUGGCCGUGGAACAACAGGUGGAGCUCAGGAACAGCAACAGAAAGAUAGAGGAGCUGGAGCAAGAAAAUAAAGUUUUAAGAGUCCGGAUGAACGCCAGUGAAAACAAGGUGGAGGAACUGAAGAGAGAGAACGCAAAUCUCCUGGACAGAGUAACCAAAACUGAAAAUCAGAACUCAGUUUUAGAGACCAGAAUGAGCUCCACUGAGAGCGAGGUGGAGAGGCUUCAGAGCGAAAACGCGGACCGUCCAAAAGUGGCAUUCACGGUCGGUCUGACUGAUGUGGGACAAAUUGGUCCCUACAACACAGAGCUCACACUACAGUUUGGUAAAGUCUUCACCAACAUUGGCCAGGCCUACAGUCCCUCAACAGGGAUCUUCACGGCCCCCGUCAAAGGAGCGUACUACUUCAGAUUCAACGCGUGGGACGCACGGUACUCGAAUGUUCUCGGUAUUAAACUGUUUCACAACAACAAGAUGAUGACUCAUUGUUACGAUGUGAACGAUAACAACGGCUAUAUCCACGUCUCGAACGGAUUUGUUCUUCAGCUGGAGAAGGGAGAUACAAUCUACAUGGUGCUCCGCUCAGGCUCCGCAAUCUGGGAUGACACCAAUAAUCGGACGACUUUUAGUGGGUUUCUGCUUUUUGCUCAGUGA